AUGGACAAGAGUUGGAUUGCAUUAGGUAGCACAGUUGAUGGAAGGAUAAGUCGAGCAUAUAAUGAUGGGAUAAUAUCAUUUCUUCGUUUUGCAAUGGCGGUUAUCGAUCAGGAUGGUAAAAUUUUGUGCCCUUAUCGAAAGUGUGUGAAUGUUCAUGUGCAUGGGGAAUGUCGUGAAUCAAAUGAGGCUUAUCAUCAUAAUAUACCCGUUGAGGGCAAUGAGGUUUUGGGAGGUAUUGAUGCCUUAGUGGAAGAUCGAAUAAGAGGGGAAUCAACUAAUAAAACCCAAGAGGAGGAGGUUCGCACUUUUGAUAAAUUAUUGAAUGAUGCCAAACGUGAAGUGUACCCAGGUUGCACAAAUUACACUUUGUUAAAAUUUGUCAUCGAGAUACUUAACAUGAAGGUAACAAACCAUUGGAGUAAUAAGUCAGUUGACAUGAUGCUAGAGUUUUUAGCAAAACUUUUACUGAAGGAUAAUUUGGUUCCAAAGUCAACUUAUGAAGCUAAAAAAAUACUACGUGAAUUGGGUUUGUCAUACGAGCCCAUUGAUGCUUGUGUAAACGAUUGUGUGCUUUUUUGGAAGGGGAAUGCAACACUAGAUAAAUGUCCAAAUUGUAAGGCUUCUAGAUACAAGACAAAUCAUGAUAAAGGUAAGAAGAUCUCUCAUAAGGUUCUUCGAUACUUCCAGUUAACACCGAGAUCGAAAAGGUUGUACAUGUCGAGGAAGAGAGCCGAGGAUAUGAAAUGGUUCGAGGAAAAACGUUUAGAUGACGGUGUAUUGAGGCAUCCUGCAGAUAGUGAUGCGUGGAAGGAAUUCGAUACACAAUAUCCUGAAUUUUCCUUGGAGCCUCGGAAUGUGAGGCUAGGGUUGCCUACUGAUGGUUUCAACCCUUUCGGAAAUAUGAAUAACUCAUAUAGUUUGUGGCCUGUCGUACUCAUUUCGUACAACUUGCCAACGUGGUUGGCUAUGAAGGACCCAUUUUUCAUGCUGUCAUUACUUAUUCCUGGUGAAUCACAACCAGGAAUUGAUAUUGAUGUCUACAAGAGACCUUUAGUGGAAGAAUUGAAUGAAUUAUGGAAAAAUGGUACAUUAACCUUUGAUGCCUCGACUGGUGAGACUUUCUGCAUGCGUGCAGCUUUGCUGUGGAUGAUACAUGAUUGGCCCACAUUUGGUGACAUUUCUGGAUGGAGAACAAAGGGUCAUUACUCUUGUUACACUUGCAAUGAUGAACCAUAUUUUGUAUCUUUAAGAAGUAAGACAGCGUACAGUAACCAUCGAUGCUACUUGCCUGAUGACCACCCAAAAAGGCGAAAGAGUAGAGCAUAUAAUGGCAAGCAUGAAAAAUGGAAGAGAUCUUUGGUGAUACCGAUAGAAAAGAUUGAAGAACAAUUGGGCACGUGA